AUGGCAGAAUCCUUGACUCAAGAUCAGAUUGUAGAGUUUCAGGAAGCUUUUUGUCUUUUUGACAAAGAUGGAGAUGUUGGUUGCAUUACCAUUGAAGAAUUAGCGACGGUUAUCUGUUCUCUUGAUCAAAACCCCACUGAAGAAGAGCUUCAAGAUAUGAUAAAAGAAGUUGAUGUUGAUGGAAAUGGAACUAUUGAAUUUGGAGAGUUCUUAAGUCUCAUGGCAAGAAAAAUGAAGGAGACUGAUGCUGAAGAAGAGCUGCAAGAAGCUUUUAAAGUAUUUGACAAGGAUCAAAACGGAUUCAUUUCUGCUCCAGAGUUGAGGCACGUUAUGAUCAAUCUUGGAGAAAAAUUAACUGAUGAAGAGGUGGAUCAGAUGAUUAGGGAAGCGGAUUUAGACGGCGAUGGCCAAGUUAAUUAUGAAGAAUUCGUCAGGAUGAUGAUGGCUGUUUAA